GCCGUAAAAGAAGAAGCAAGUGUUGUCGCUUUGAUUUAUACAGAAAUUGACAACGUAGCCAAAAACAAGUGUUAAUUAUUUCUACAAAAUGUUUAAUAUUCAAACGCAUAUGGACUAUGAGGGCCAGCACAAAGCGGAGAAGUUCUCACGCUUCAUCAUUACGCUUUUCGGCAUUGUCGGACUCAUCUGGGGUGCUAUCAUUCAGCAAUUUUCGCAAACUGUCUACAUUCUCGGUGCAGGAUUUCUGUUGGCUUCUAUUAUAACUAUUCCGCCAUGGCCAAUAUACCGCCGUCAUCCCUUGAAUUGGCAAAAACCACGUAAUAUCGAACUACCUGUAAGCAGCGGCGAUGAGGGCAAGAAAAAGAAGAAGUAAACACAGAUGCUUAUGGCA